AUGGAUCAAAGGUCUGUACCCACUCUGCUGGAGAUUGCUGCAAAGAGUCUGAUGAGUAAUGAGCCUGGCGGUAUCCACGCCCUGCAGGUCCUUCCUAAACAAAUCUUCAUUCAACUGUUCACCACUGCCUUCCUAGGCAGACACAAGAAUAUGCUGAAGGAAAUAGUGAAGGUUUGGCCUUUUCAGUGUCUGCACAUCGGGACAUUGGAUAUAGAAGAAUCACCCUAUGACAUAUUGGAAGCCUUGGUGGAUGGUCUGCAAUUCCUCCCCACCCAGAACUCUUCUUCAGGGGGCUCCAAACUGAGGAUCCUGGAUUUAACACAGUCCUCGCACCAUGGAAUAACUUGCUAUUACAGGGCAAAAUACCAAUUCUGUUUCCGAUCCUGUAUUUAUUCUCAGCACUCUAUCCUUAAACUAGAAGAAUCCCAGGAUAGAGUUAGGUGCCUUGGAAAGGGUGCUUCAGAGUCUGAGUCUGUAUCAGCCAGGAAACGCAUUGAGUUAUUGGUGGACAUUUCCUUUAGUUGUACCAUGAGAAUAAAGCAAUUCAUUUCUUUUCUUAAGACUAAGGUUGAGCAGAGUGCUGGAUCCUUGCACAUCUGCUGCAGAAAAUUGCAAAUUGAUACCAUGUGUGUGCACACAAGGAGCCUGCAGUUCCUGGAUGCAGCAUGCAUUAAUCACUUGGAAGUGAAUCGGGUUCACCUGAAGAAUGUCAUCAGCCUUUUUCCUCAUUUGACCCACUUGGAAAUCAUUAAGCUAACUGCCAUUCCUCUUCAUUCUUGUGAGGGGAGAAACUUCAACUUUUUUCUCACCUGGCUAGGGAAGCUGGAAAUCCUUCAGGAGCUCAGCUUGUCUUCCUUCAGCCUCACAGAUCAGCUGCACAGACUGCUCAGAGUCCUGAAACCUCGGUUGACUACAUUGAGUCUGUCUCUCUGUCAUCUUUCUAAAAGCGAUAUAAUUGUCCUGUCCCAGAGCUUUCAGGCCACCUGCUUAAAACAACUAAAUCUGAGUAACAACAAGAUAUUUCGGGAUGAUUAUGAGCCCUUUCUGACUCUGCUGGAGAGGGUCUCAAGCACCUUGCAGCAUCUGGAGAUAAACAACUGCAAAAUGACUGAUUCUGUUCUCUCUGCUCUACUACCACCCCUGAGCCGCUGUUCCCAGCUUCGUGUCUUUAGCUUUGCCUUUAAUGCCAUCUCAAUGCCUGCACUCAUAAACUUUUUGCAACACAUAACAACCUGGAUGAAUCUUCGGUAUGUGAUUUAUCCUAUCCCUGCCCAUUGCUAUGAGCACUCAAAUUUUCACGUCUGUGUGAACCGACAGAAACUUGCAGAAGUGCAGGCCCAAGUGAAGCACAUAUUACAAGUGGCAAAGCGGGAAGACAUGUACUGCUCCAUUUCUCGUGCAUAA